AGAGAGCAAAUGAGAGGAGAGCUUCGAGGGCUUGUCCUGCUUCUGUGUCUGGUCUCGAUCAAAUGGGUGAACUCAGAUCCCACCAAAGAACAAUUUCUCAGUUGCAUGUCAGCACAGUUCAUAGUAUCUCCCGUCAAAACCCUAGAAAGCUUCGUCCACUCUCCAGAUUCCCAAACCUACACGAAUUUCUUCCAAUCCUCUGCUCCAAAUCCCGGAUGGCUGAGCUUGAAUUUCACCAGCCAGAAGCCGCUUUUCAUCGUCACACCGACCCGAAUACCCGAAAUCCAGAGAUCAGUCCUCUGCGGCAAGAAACUUGGGCUGCAAGUAAGAACCAGGAGCGGUGGACAUGACUACGAAGGACUGUCUUACCUCUCCGAGUCACCUUUCAUCAUUCUCGACCUCGUAAGCUUCCGAGCCAUCCAAGUCGACCUCGCGGAAGAGUCCGCAUGGAUCCAAUCAGGCGCAACGAUCGGCGAACUGUACUAUAACAUCGCAAAGAUGAGCAAGAUCCAUGGCUUUCCUGCAGGGACAUGCCCUAGUGUCGGAGUUGGUGGGCAUUUCAGUGGCGGAGGGUUCGGUUCCAUGAUGAGAAAGCACGGUCUGGCUGCUGAUAACGUGAUCGAUGCUCGGUUUAUGGACGCGGAUGGAAGAAUUCACGAUAGGAGAACGAUGGGAGAGGACCUGUUCUGGGCGAUCAGAGGGGGUGGAGCUGCGAGUUUUGGAGUUGUCCUGUCAUGGAAGAUCAAGCUGGUUAGGGUUCCUGAGAAGGUUACUUGCUUCGUAAGUCACCAUACCAUCCGACAGAACCUGACCAAACUGGUUCACAAGUGGCAAUACAUCGCCGCGGAACUUCACGAGGAUCUGUUCAUCAGAGCCAUACUUUACAAUGCAGGUGGAAGUCCAAAGACAGUUCAGGCUACAUUCCAAGCGCUGUUUCUUGGAGGAAUCGAUGGAUUGAUCCCUCUGAUGAACCGAGAUUUUCCGGAAUUAGGUUUACGCCCUCAAGAUUGCGCGGAAACGAGCUGGAUAGAUUCGAUACUGUUCUUCUCGUGGAAAAGAGGGCAACCUCCUGAAGUCUUGCUCGACAGGAAAGAACGAUACAACGAUCUCUACUUCAAGGCGAAAUCAGAUUUCGUCCAGAACCCGGUUCCCGAAACCGCUCUCGAGGGCGUGUGGAAGAGGUUUCUCGAGGAGGAAAACCCUGUGGUGGUCAUGGAGCCAUUAGGAGGGAGAAUGUACGGUUUUUCAGAAACGGAAACGCCAUUUCCGCACAGGAGAGGGAAUCUGUACAAUAUACAGUACAUGGUGAAAUGGAGAGUGAACGGAGUGGAGGAGAUGAACAAGCACGUGACGUGGAUGAGAAUGCUGUACGAAUACAUGACGCCGUAUGUGUCGAGAUCUCCGAGAGGCGCGUAUCUCAACUACAGAGAUCUCGAUCUGGGCAGAGACAACGGAGCCAACACGAGCUUUGCCGAUGCGAGCCGGUGGGGCGAGAGGUACUUCAAAGGGAAUUUCAAGAGAUUGGCUCUGGUGAAAGGGAAGGUUGAUCCUGGAAACUUCUUCAGGAAUGAACAGAGCAUUCCACCACUACAAAGACAGCAGAAGAAACGCCAUUGAUUCCCAGACACAACCCUAUUUCAUCAUCAUGUUCACUCAUCUCCAUGUUCAUGUUCUGGUUUAUAAACAGUUUAUGUUACUAGUCGAAUUACCCAUUCAAUGUCCAAAGGAACUCGAAUUCAGACA